AUACCACAGGCUCUGUCAGGAGAAAGGAGCAUUCUGAGAAUAAGAGAGUCUACACACUGUGGAGGUCAAGAUGGUCCUGAGUGGGGCGUUGUGCUUCCGGAUGAAGGAUGCGGCCUUGAAGGUGCUUUAUCUGCAUGACAACCAGCUUCUAGCUGGAGGGCUGCAUUCAGGGAAGGUCAUCAAAGGCGAGGAGAUCAGUGUUGUCCCCAACCGGUCUCUGGAUGCCAAGCUAUCUCCAGUCAUCCUGGGAGUCCAGGGAGGGAGCCAAUGCCUGUCGUGUGGGACAGGGCAGGAACCAACUCUGAAACUAGAGCCAGUAAACAUCAUGGAACUCUACCUUGGUGCCAAUGAAUCCAAGAGCUUCACCUUCUACCGGCAGGACACAGGGCUCACCUCCAGGUUCGAGUCAGCUGCCUACCCGGGCUGGUUCCUCUGCACGUUGCCUGAAGCAGACCAGCCUCUCACACUUACCCAGCUUUCAGAAGAUGCCAGCUGGGGAAACCCCAUCACAGACUUCUACUUCCAACGGUGUGAUUAGGGCAAUGUACCCCCCAGAACCUACCUGGUCAGAACUGGCUUACGCAGGGGUGGAGGUGGAAGAAGACACUGGUGGCAACCAUCCCCCCAUCUGCUCUCACGGCCCCACCUCUGGCUGGGCACUCGGCCACUCUCCCUUUUGAUUCCCAGUUUAGAUAAAUCCUUUGAGAUUUGGGGGCUUAGAUCACAGUUUCUUUCCCUGCUGAGUGAUGCUACUCGUGUAGAACCUUGCAAAAACCACUUAAGAUAAACUAGAAGCCACAUAAAAAGGUUCCCAAGGAGUCAGGAUAGGGGGAGUAGUGGAAAUCCUUCAUGCUUCAUGAUAACUUACCCAGUACCCCUGAGCCCCACCAGCCAGCCCAUCCUGAGUUAAACCUAUUAGGGCCACCAAAUGCCCACACGAGGUCCUGUCAUCCACCACUAUGCAGGAGAGGGAGGUCAUAGAGUUUGGGACCCAGGGCCCAGCCCCCUCCCUCUUGCCUAUAACUUAGCUGCCAUCAUAUUCUACCUCAUAUUCCAUCUCAACACUCAUGCUCUAGCCAUGGCAGAAGUUGUUGGUGGUGUCCAAGGAACUUACU